AUGUUCAAAUGGGAUCCGUGCGGACUCGUGUGCGUCUGCUUCAUCUACGCGUUGAUCGCCUACGCCGACUACGUCGUUCUCAUCUGGAUGCUCCUCCCCACCUUCGGCCAUUCGUCAGUUUUUGCCAAAGCGCAAUUUUUAUGGAAAAAAUUGCAGAAUUUGGACAGUUCUGCACGGAAUCGUGUUCAAUGGACUGCUGGCGACGACCGUCGUGGCACACACGCGCACGAUGCUCUCCGAUCCCGGAGUCGUGCCCAUUUCCAACUCAAAGUGAGCGAAAAAUGAAGAGGAUGUCGUAAAGAUCGCCAUUUUUGCAGAUUGCCGAAAGAGAACGAGGAUUACUCGUCGGACGAGUACGAGUCGGACGAAGAGGCGGUGUUCCGACGGGACCACCUGAACCGCCCGUCGGCCACCGAAUGGACCACGUGUACACGGUGCGACUCGCUCCGACCGCCGAGGGCACACCACUGUCGCGUCUGCAAACGGUGCAUCCGCAAGAUGGACCACCAUUGUACGCCAACUUGACAUUUUUUGAUUUUGAAACCUCUCAACUUUUACCAAUGUUCUCGUCUACAGGUCCGUGGGUGAACAAUUGUGUGGGCGAGUACAAUCAGAAGUAUUUUCUACAAUUCAUACUCUACGUCGGCGCCUCCAGCCUCUAUUCGCUAUUGUAAGUCCUCCAUUUUGCCUAUUUUCCCCCUGAGAAUUCACUGUUUUUUUUUUUGCAGUAUUCUCGUGUUGUGCUGGGUCUACCACGACGCGUACGGUCCGACGGGUAUCAAAGGACCGAACGGCGAAAAUGUGCAUCACGCAAAAGUGUAAGUUCUCUGAAACAGUUUUCCCAUGAAAACCGCCAUUUUCGCUUCAGAAUCCACUCGAUAAUGCUGGCAAUGGAAUCGGCGCUUUUCGGCCUGUUUGUGCUCGCCGUCUCGUGUGAUCAGGUGCGAUUUCUGCUCAUUGCAUACCUUGUUUUCCUCACUUUUUUGCAGCUGGGCGCAAUUUUCACGGACGAAACGGCCGUGGAAGCGGUCCAAAGACGAGGACGGAACUAUCUGUCCUCCUCGCGACGGCCCCGUUCCAGCAAAGUGGCCAUGAUGAAGCAGGUGUGCGGGCCAGGUACUGUAUCUUUAUAAAAAGUUGCAAUAAUGUCGCAAUUUCAGGUCCGAAGCUUUUGUGGCUGGUCCCGUGUAUGACACCUCAAAAAUCGACGCCCCGUUACCUGCGGACCCACAAUCAGCUGGCCCAUUUGGAAGUGUAA